AUGGAUAUCGAAGCACUUUUCAGCGUCAAAGACCGUGUCGUACUUGUCACUGGUGGCUCAAGAGGCAUUGGUGAAAUGAUUGCCACGGGUUUUGUUCAAGCAGGUGCCCGUGUUUACAUUAGCAGCCGGUCUGCCAAGGCUUGUGAUGAGGUUGCCGCCAAAUUGAAUGCUCUUGGUCCUGGCAAGUGUGUUGCUAUUCCUGCUGAUUUGCAAAAGGUGGAUGAUAUCAAAAAGAUUGUCACUGAAUUGAGCAAAUAUGAGGAUCACCUUGAUGUUUGCAUUAACAAUGCCGGUGCCACCUGGGGAGCCCCUAUUGACGAGUAUCCUGAAGCCGCUUUCAACAAAGUAUUGACUCUCAACGUGAAUCGCGUUUUUGGUUUGACUCAAGCUUUGCUCCCAUUGUUGCGUGCCAAGGCUACUCAAGAGAACCCAUCCCGUGUUAUUAACAUUGGUUCUAUCAAUGGUGAAGCAGUGCCAAACUUCGAGUCGUACGCCUACUCUAGUUCCAAGGCAGCUGUCCAUCAUUUGACUAGACAUUUGGCUGCUCGCCUCGGCAAGGAAUACAUCCUUUGCAAUGCUAUUGCUCCAGGUUCUUUCCCUUCCAAGAUGAUGGCUGAGACUCUUCGCAAGCACGGUGAUGAAAUCGUUGCCCGUGUCCCUGUUGGCCGUGUUGGCACUCCUGAGGAUGUCGCUGGUACUUGCAUUUAUCUUGCUUCUCGUGCAGGCAAUUAUACCAAUGGUGCAACCAUUGUGAUCGACGGUGGUGCCAUUCAGAACAAUUCGAGAAUGUAA